AUGGAUAACCCAAAACCAUAUCGUAAAAUAUUGCGUUCGCCAUCAGUAAAGAGAAGAAGCAAAACCUCCCCUGUAAAUCAGAGAGUGCAACUUCAGCGAGUUCUUGGAGUAACAGUAUCUUCAAAUGCUGGUCUGUCCUGUGAUCCGAACACUGGGACCAUAGCAUAUCCUGCUGGAUGUGUCGUUGUGUUGUUCAACCCCAGACGAAACAAACAGUCCCACAUUUUCAAUACAACGAAGAAAUCCAUCUCUUGCCUGGCUUUCUCCAGAGAUGGCAAAUACCUUAUUACGGGAGAGACAGGACACCAGCCGGCAGUCAGAGUUUGGGAUGUUCAGACCAAAGCACAGGUCACAGAGCUUCGUGGACACAAGUUUGGGAUUAGCUGUGUGGCCUUUUCUCCCAACAUGAAGGAAUUAGUGUCUGUUGGCACACAACAUGACAUGGUUGUGUGUGUCUGGAACUGGCGAACUGGUUGCAAGAUUGCUUCAAACAAAAUCUCCAGCAAGGUCAGUGCUCUGGCUUUCUCUGAAGAUGGUAAAUGUUUCCUUACUGUGGGCAGCAGACAUGUUCGCUUCUGGUAUUUGGAUGACAAAAGGUCAAAGAUUAACCAGACAGUCCCACUGAUGGGUCGGUCAGGUAUUCUGGGGGAACAAAAGGACAACUUCUUUUGUGAUGUGGCUGCCGGCCGUGGAAGCGUGUCUGGGAAAUUUUUUGUCAUCACACAGUCAGGGCUGUUGUGUGAGUUUGGUGAAAAAAGACAGUUGGAUAAAUGGGUUGAACUGCGGACAAAAACGGCAAGCUGCAUUGCUGCUGGCCAUGAGCACAUCUUUGUUGGUUGUUCUGAAGGGGUGGUUAGAGUGUUCAGUGCAACAUCCUUUCAGUACUUAUGCUCCUUGCCAAGACCUCACCAUCUGGGAGUUGAUGUAACCACAGCCACCAACCCUAGUCACAUGGCAAACAAAAAGGAAAAUGCAAAAUAUCCGGAUGCUAGAGCGAUUGUCUUUGACGAUAAUCACAAGAAGGUGACAUGUGUGUACACUGACAGAAGUGUCUAUAUUUGGGAUGUGCAUGAUGUCAGGAAGGCGGGAAAAGCUUGGUCAUUUCUUUACCACAGUGGCUGUAUCUGGGACCUAGAGAUGUAUCCGCAGUUGGAUGAUCAAGUGAAAGCUAUGCUGCCCCCUGGAUCAUUUCUGACUGCAUCCAGUGAUGACACUAUACGAGUGUGGAACUUAGAAACUAUUCUGCCAGAAAAUACAGCCUUCAAAAGAAAUAUCUACAGUAAUGAAUUGUUAAAAAUAGUUUACAUUGAUCCAAGUUUGGCCUUUCUUUGCAAUGUGGACUACAAUCCUGCUGGUGCUACGGAUAAGACUGAUACUACUUAUGAUGGUAAAAAUGGUGUCCGUUCUCUGUGUGUGAGUCCUGAUGGUGCUCAACUAGCUUCUGGAGAUCGUCAAGGGAACAUUCGAAUUUACAACAUGCAGGAUCUAAGUGAGAAGACGUGUGUUGAGGCCCAUGAGUCAGAUGUUAUGUGCCUUCAGUAUUCCUACUCCAAUUCAGGGCGUUUCCUGGCAACCUCUAGUCGUGACAGGCUGAUUCAUGUGUUUGAUGUGGAUGAAAAUUAUGGUUUGGUUCAGACACUAGGUGAUCACUCCUCUUCCAUAACGGCUGUACGAUUUAGAAAUCUCAAUGACAAACUACAGAUGAUCAGCUGUGGUGCAGACAAAUCCAUAUUGAUUCGAAACGCAGUGCCUUGCCCAGAGUUUCAGUUCCAGCUGGAGCAUCACCUCGCUACCAAGAUCACCCUCUAUGAUAUGGUGAUAGACCCCACACAGAAAGUACUGGCAACAGCUUGUCAGGACAGGAAUGUCAG